UUUCGGGAUCACGUACAAAAAAUAACCGCUAAUUUGUAUUUUUCCUCGAUCAUUUCUUGUACACCCAAAAGAACCAAACUUUGAAAUAAAUCACAAAGAAGAAGAAGAAGUAAAAUUACAUCGCAGUCAGCUUCUUGAAUCUCCAUUACUGAUUACAAGGUCUACAGAGUUUUGAUGAAUUCCCAAUCUACCGGGCGCAACCAGAGACCUGCCAAAGGGUUGAAGGUGAAGCCGUCGUUUCAGAUUGCAUUGCUUUUGGUGGUUUGCUUCUGGUUGCUAUACCAGAUGAAGCACUCACAUGGCAAGGACUAUAGUGAAGGUGCAGAUGGCAAGGCCAGUAAAGAACAUGGUUCUAAUAUUUUCGGGCGUAAGGGGAGUGCAGGGUGGUCAAAAGGUGGAGGUGUGUCUGCAUCAGAAGAUUCAAAACAUGUAGGAGAAGUAAGUAUAAAGACAGAAGAUGAAAAUGAUGUGUUCGAUGGAAGUGCUGAAGAGAAAAAUGAAGAAGAAUCUUUGCAGAAAGUAAACGAAGCAAAUGAAGUUGAAAAGGAAACAGAAGUUCAGAACACAGAAUUGAGCAAUACAGAUGAGAAUUCUGAUGGUGAAGUUAAAGGAAACGGCGAAACAGUGGGGCUGAACGAGAAUUCAUCGCGUGAAGAAACUUACCGAGAGGGACAGGAAGGUACACAGGCAGUUAUCUCAGAACAAAAUGGUGAGAAACAUGUGAAGAACAUUAGUCUCGAUGAAGCAGGAGAGGACGAGGAGCAGGAAUCACAAGUUAAUCGUGAUGAGCAAGAAAAUGGAAAGGGCCAGGAGAAAGAGCCAAAGAGAUUGCAGGAAUCUAGUACUACUAACACAGACAUUUCAGUACGAUGGGAUGAAAGUAAGAAUGACUCUCUUGAGGGCCAAAAUUCAGUGGUAGAUGCAGUGGUCCAUGGUUUUGAUGAUGAGAAUGGUGUGCCGGUAGAUGGCCAUGAUAUCAUAGAAUCCUUAGUGACUGUAUCCAGUGGUGAUCAUGCAAUCACGGGUCAUCAGGAAAUGAAUUUGAGUUCGAAUAAUCAAAAUGAAAUCAGUGAAAAUGCAGUAAGUGAAGAAGUUGCGUCUAAAGAUGGAACAAAUGGUGCAGAUUUGGAAGCCAAAAGCAAAAUCUCAGCACAAGAUUCAAACAUUGACAUUAAAUCGAAGGUCGAAACAAGUUCAGACACCUCAAAGAUCGAUAGCGUUAAAGAGACUACAAAGGGAGGCAGUUCCGUUUCAGAUUCAUAACCGAAACAAAAUUUCAUCAACAUUACAAGUUUCUACACAAUCAGAAGAAACAAAAGGUAGAAAGUGAGUUGAAGUAGUAGCAUUUCUUAUUGUGUGACAUUGUACAGUCUUAGUUCGAGUUUUCGAACAAGCCAUUGUACAUUUUCCUGUCUUAGAUCUCGAGAACGGGUGAUAGUUUGAUGUCAAAAAAUCAUACAUACAUACAUACAUACAUACUAAAAUGUCUACAGUCUCAGUGCUAUUACAGAAAUAAAGUUUGUUUUCAGUUAAUAUUACCUUUGA